AGAAUGAUGCUGCAAAAUGUCCAAGACGGCUGGCUGCCCGCUCGCCUCGCCGGGAGGGCCCUGAGGUGGCUGUGGUUGAAGAACAAGCCCGUCACCAUAACUGUCGUGUUGGUGGUUGGUGUGAUUAAGAUACGGAAAUACAUGAAGAAGCAAGAAAGGAGGAAGAAAUGGAACAACGCGGGCAAGGAUGUGGUGGUUCUUCACAUCCCUUCCCGAGGCUUCUAUUGCCCGAGUCUGUCCCCCUUCGUCGUCAAACUCGAGACCUACGUCAGGAUGGCGGAGAUCCCUCAUGUGAUCGACCACGAGGAGCCCAUGGGACCCAAGGGCAAGACGCCCUGGAUCACCCUCAACGGCGAAGACAUGGGCGACUCGCAGAUGAUCAUUGAGAAGCUCGCGGCCAAGUUCGGAAAGGAGUUCGAUACUCACCUUUCGCAGGAGGAGAAGGCCGUGGCUCAUUCCCUGCGCAUCAUGGUGGACGAGUACUUUGUCUGGUGCCUCGGUGUCUAUCGCUAUGGCCAGGAGCGCGGUCGCCACUUGGCCUUGAACGCGUCCGUCCCUUGGUUUUACCGACCUGUAUUGGCCAUGUACUUUAAGAGGUAUUUGGAGGCCGCUAAGACUCAAGGCAUAGGGCGACACAACUACAGGGAUAUAGAAGAGAUGGGGAGGAAGAGUCUUCAGUCCCUGUCGGCUUGGCUUGGUGAGAAACCCUUCAUGAUGGGCGCCAAUCCAACAGAUCUGGACUGCAGUGUCUUCGGCAUGCUUGCGUUUGACGUGUUCUGUCCUCCCCUGUCGCCCUUCAAGAGGAUGCUCGAGAAGGACUACAGAAACCUCCACGCCUACUGCCACCGCAUGAAGGAGAAAUUCUGGCCAGACUGGGAUAAGUGCCUCGACCCGCAUCGUCACUGAAAAGCAGGGUGUCAUGUGCAUUUGGGUGGGGAAAGGGAGAUGCAACAGUUAUGCAACAAAUGUAGUUAGAUCAU